AUGGCGGAAGCAUGUCCGAGGAGGAGAAGCAGCAGGAGACCGAGUCCGGUCCCCGGUUCUGUUUGACGUUUUGCAAACGGGAUCCAGCCGUGAAGCUCCUGCAUCCCGUGAGCGGGGUGGAGCCGCUGGCAUGGUCGGAGGAUCACCGGGUGUCGGUGUGUACCGCCAACCACCUGGCUGUGCUGGAGCAUGUCUGUGAUAUCAAUGGCAAUUGCCCUGAUCUCACCCUGCACCGCACCUCUCUGCCAGCCCCACUCACCAGCUGCCACCUCAAGGUGGGCUCGCCCGAAGAAGUUGAGGAAUGUAGAAUGAAGUUUGCCAGGACGAAAGACCCCACUAUCAGCCAGGCUUUCAUGCUAGACAGGGUAUUUAACCCAGACGGGAAUUUUUUGCCCCCUUUAACCGGAUUCAAGUACUCUAGCUGGUCUCCUGUCGGUUGUGAUGAAAACGGGAGAUGUUUAUUGGCUGCGCUUACCUUGGACAACAGGUUGACCAUCAACGCAAAUAUUAACCGAUUGCAGUGGAAACCGUUGGUGGACUUGACUGAAAGAUACGGGAAGCAUCUGUUCGAGGCCAAUUACAAAGUGGACGAUAGCGACAGUCCUCCGGCGAGUAUAGAUGACUUCUCAGAGUUCAAGAGACGCCACAGCAUGCAGACUCCGGUGAGGAUGGAGUGGUCAGGAAUCUGCACCACCCAACAGGUCAUGGAAAACAACGAGUGCCGGGAUGUUAGUACUUUACUCCUGGCGGUGCUUUUUGAAAAUGGGAAUAUCGUUGUAUGGCAGUUCCAAGUCCCAUUUGUGAACGAGGAGUCGAUCGUUUCCUGCAACACCAUCGAGACUGAUGUAGAAUCCCCUAGCGUUCUGGAAUGGUGGGAGUACGAACACAAUAAUCGAAAAAUGAGUGGACUCAUCGUUGGGAGCCAUUUGGGUCCAAUCAAGAUCCUCCCGGUCAACUUAAAGGCGGUCAAAGGAUACUUCACGUUGCGUCAACCUGUUAUAUUAUGGAAGGAAAUGGACCGCUUGCCGGUUAACAGCAUCAAGUGCGUAGCGCUGUACCAUCCCUACCAGAAGUGUAGCUGUAGCCUUGUAGUUGCUGCACGAGGAUGCUACAUUUUUUGGUGCUUAUUAUUGAUCUCGAAAGCGGGCCUUAAUGUUCACAAUUCCCACGUGACCGGACUGCACUCUUUACCGGUUUUAUCCAUGGCGGUUGAUAAAGUGAACGGGACGGUUUACACCAGUUCAGUUGAGGGAAACAUUAGGCAGCUGGUCCCUAUUUUCACCGCUGUAGCUUUGAAGUUCGAACACCAACUCAUCAAGCUGUCUGAUGUAUUUGGGGCAGUUAAGUGUCAUGGUAUUACAGUGAGUCCAUGCGGCGCUUAUUUGGCUUGUAUAACAUCUGAAGGCCUGAAAAACGGGGUUCACCCAGUAAACCAAAACUACCAAGUUAAUUUCGUGGCCCUCAAGACUUUCGAAGAAGCCGCAGCUCAACUUUUGGAGUCAUCCAACCAAAACCUCUUCAGGCAGAUGGAUCUAACGGAUCUGCUGCGGUGGAAAAUAUUAAAAGAGAAGCUCAUUCCUCAGUUUCUGCUUGAUGAGUUGGACAAGAAAAUGGAUGGAGGAUCUUUAUAUUUCUGGCGCUUUCGUCUAUUGCUGCUGAGAACCUGGUAUCAUUCUCUAAAGAAUUCUGCUCCUGAAGCACCAUGGAAACAGCCAAAAAAUGAAUCGAAGGUUCCUACAGCUGACGACGCGCUUGCAGGGAGCAGCAAAGCAGAUGAGCAAGAUGAUCGGGAUGGAGAUAGUCCUUCCAAGCAGUCGGACGAGCCCAGCCCUGGUGAGGUAUUGAAGGAUCCCGCCGAGGCUGGCACAAGUUCUCAGUCCGCAGAGGUCCUUCAAGACAUUCAACAGAAAAUUAACGCCGUAGAAGAGCACCUAUUCAAGGAAAACAUGAAACGUGUGCUGGGGGAAGUCUACAUGCACACGUGCGUCACCGAAAAUAGCAGAGUUCCCACACGAGGUAUCUGUGACUACCUGGCUGACAAGAAUGGGGAUGACCGAAACGCUCAGGUCCUUAUUGGACACCUUGAGAAGAAGAUGUCCAAACAGACGUUCCCAGAGUACUGUAUUCUGUGUAAGGAGGUUUUACCGUUCAGCGACUGCAAACUGGCGCGCUGCAGCAAAGGGCAUCUCUGGAUAAGAUGCAACUUGACCUUCCAGGCCUGCCAGAGCCUACAGUACAGACGCUGCCUGUUCCGUGACAGUUUUGCGGUGCGUCCGGUCCCGGAAGAUCCUCCGUGGAUAAAGAAGUUGCUUCAAGGCUCCUGCACGUUGUGCGAUUCUCUCAUUUAUUGACUCUUUCCGAAGUUCUAAAGGAGAUCUAAACCCGGACUGCGAAGGCAGCGUGAGCCACGAGAUACCAAAUCUUCAGCCGCUUGGCUUAAGACGAUGGGCCAAACUAUUGCAUAUUAAGUAUAGGUCA